AUGGCGUCCACUUCCUGGCGACCAAACAUGACCCUCAAAGAGUGUCUACUACCUAUGAGGGGCAUGCUAUGGGAAGAUCGCCCACACAUUCUACGCAGCCUUGAGUACGACGAAAUUAUUCUCCGCUCCUUCAGAGAGAACUACAUCCCCAUUGCUCCUGGCAAUAUUUCCUUCGAGGUGACGAUGCUCGUCUUUGUUGCCAACCAGAAAGUUGGCCGUCACCACAAGGCUGUCGACUACGCACCCGGCAAAGAGUACGACUUUUUCGCAAAACUUGCUAACUGGAACGGCAAUGGAGGCAAAAUGCCAACACAUAUCUACGCCGAGCUGUUUCGUGAGCUCAUCGCCGCUCGAGUUCGCUUCAUGCGACGCCAUCGCGAUUCAGCAGAGACUCCGUCGCAGUUGGCCGUACAGUUGAGUGAGCUGGCCAGGCAUAUGUACGGCCGUUACAGUGACGAGGACUUGUCAAGACGGAUUGAUGAGGAGAUUUUGAAAGCGGAGGAGGAUCAGGGUUCUUCGACGGGAGGCAACCUUGGAGAAGCAGAGUCAACUGAGCUUUCCAAGAACCUAGAGCCUUCAGCACAGGAUUGA